UUGCAUAGAAGUGGGGCUAUAACUGGUCAUGCGGUGAGACAGCCCUUUUAUACUACCGUUCAGAGCAGCUGCUGUAAGGAUCGGAGGUCUAUUGACAGCGUUACUGGCUCGGAUUUCGGAGGCUAUUGAUCUUUCGAUCUCCGCUUUGUUGAACGUAUGCACGAAGGGCUUCUUCCUUAACGCGUCCAACUGCGGCUUAACUGUGUGGAGGAGCAAGCUUAGGCUUUUUGUGGCACAGCCAGUAUCAUUUUAACGUGGAAACUUGAGUGAAGAGAUCAGUCGGCAAAUAUGUCUGACAAACCAGAUAUGGCUGAAAUUGAGAAAUUUGACAAGUCUAAGUUGAAGAAGACAGAAACGCAAGAGAAAAACCCACUGCCUUCAAAAGAAACAAUUGAACAGGAGAAGCAAGCGGGUGAAUCGUAAUGAAGUCGGCCCUUCCAAAUUAUGCACUGUACAUUCCACAAGCAUUGCCUUCUUAUUUUACUUCUUUUAGCUGUUUUAACUUUGUAAGAUGCAAAGAGGUUGGAUAAAGUUUAAAUGACUGUACUGCCCCUUUCACAUCCAAAAAAACAAACAAAAAACCAAGAAUAGAGAGAACUACUGAUGCUGAACGAAGGCGCUGCCCUUUCCAUCUGCCUGUUCGGCUUUGGUCCUGGUGGCACAAAAGAGCUUGCAUGUAUCUUGAAAGAAGAUCCUGGAAGAAGGGACUACAGUAAUCUAAUAACCCAUGAAUAUACGCAAAGCUGUACCAAGGUCCUGCGAGCUGUAAAAUGCAGUUAAUCGAGUGCCAUUUUUUUUGUUCAAAUGAUUUUAAUUAUUGGAAUGCACAAUUUUUUUAAUAUGCAAAAAUAAAAUGUUUUAAAAUCUGGA